AUGGCGAGCAAAUUUCAAAAAGUACUCGAACAAGCAACAGACAGUACACUGGUUGAACCGAAUUGGGAGGGAAUUAUAACAUGCACAGAUAUGAUUCGAUCUGGUGAAGUUCCAGCAAGACCAUCCCUUCAAGCAAUUAGAAAGCGUCUCCAGCACGAAAAUCCCCACGUUGUCAAUCACACUCUUCUUGUACUCGAUGCAUGUGUGAAAAACUGCGGACAUAAAGUUCAUGCUGAAGUGGCAACUCGUGAAUUCAUGGAAGAUUUCAAAAACUUGGUUACUGAGAAUAAGUAUGAUGAGGUAAAAAACAAGUCACUGGAAAUGUUGCAAUGCUGGGCAACUGCUUUCGCCAACAAACCAGAAUACAAAAUGGUUGUCGACACUCAUAAUCUCAUGAAACUUGCCGGAUUCGAUUUUCCAUCAUUGAAAGAGGCAGAUGCAAUGUUCAUGGCUCAAGUUGCUCCAGAAUGGGCUGACGGACCAGAAUGUUAUCGCUGUCGUUCCAUAUUCACAGUGUUCACUAGAAAACACCACUGUCGAGCAUGUGGUCAAAUCUUUUGCGAUAAGUGUAGUUCAAGAGAAAUGGCCUUGCCGCAGUUUGGAAUCGAGAAAGAAGUUCGUGUCUGUGAAACUUGUUACGAGAAGAAAGUUGCCGAGAUAAAGGAAAGAUAUCCUGCUUUGAAGAAACAACUUGCUGCCGCUAUUGCUGGAAAGAAAGGUGUCACUCCAACAUCGGGCGAUUCAGAGGCUGAUCGAGCUGCCAAGGAGAAGUUAUUGAGAGAAAAAGAAGAGGAGGAUCUUGCUUUGGCCAUCGCUAUAAGUCAAAGUGAAGCUGAAGCUAAAGAAAAAGAGAAACAAGCAAAUAUGUAUUCUUUGUAUAACGGAAUUAAGCCGGAAACAGAUUUGGGUGGUUACAAAGGUGCUGCUGAACCGAGUACUGCUCCUCCUCCUGAUGAAACAUCUUCGGAUCCACUUGCAAGAUAUCUCAAUCGAGAUUAUUGGCAACAAAAGAAAGAAGGAAAACUUGAAGAAUGGGCAGCAUCUUCAACAACUGGAGCUCUUUCAGCAACUGCUCCACCACCUUCUGAGCCUUCUAUUGCACCAUCAAUUUGCUCUACUUUGAUGGGUCCAGAUGAAAACUCAUUGAAUGCUGAAAUUGCUGCAAUGUCAUUAGGUGUAUCUAAUGGAUUGAAUAAUUCUGUUGGUGACGAUGCUAAAGCUCAAGCCGACGAUACAAUGCGAUGGUGUCAAUCGAUCAAAGAUCAAGUAUCCGUUAUGGAUAACAGAAUUCGGUCGAACUUGGCUAGAGGACGUCCUGUAUUCAAUGAUUCUGCUAUACAGGAUUUGUUCACGAGAUUAACUGAAUUCCAUUCGCAUGUCCUCAGUCGAAUGCAUACACUUGAUGAGCAACGUGGAUAUUACGAAGGCCUUCAAGACCAUCUGGCUAAUAUCGGAGAAGCAAGACAAGCGAUUGAUGAAAUGCGCGAUGAACAUGAACGAAAGAGACAAGAACGACUUGCUGAAGAGCAGAGAUUGAGGCAAGCUCAAAUGCAACAAACAUUGGAAAUGAUGAGAAUGAAAAAGCAUGCAAUGCUAAUGGAACAACGAGAGCAAGCGCUUCAAAGAUUCCAACAACAACAGCAAGAAAUGGCUAUGCGUCGACAACAACAAGCCUAUUACAAUCCUCAGAUGGGUUAUGGGGCUCCUCCGGGACAACCUCAACAGCCAUAUUACGGAUAUCCACAAGGACAGCAUGCUCCAAAUCAGUACCAACAACCACAACAACAAUCCCAGCCGCAACCCCAACAGCAGUAUUACCAACACUAUCAAAAUGGUCCGGCAGUUCCUCAAACUCAAACAACCACCAACCAACAUCAAGCCUCGAUGCCACAUGCUCAACAAUACCAACAACAGUAUCAAGGAUACUAUCCACAACAGGGCUAUCAACAACAACAAGGAGAAUCUUCAGGAUAUCCAUCACAACCUCAACAACACCCGAACUAUCAAAAUGGAACAUCGACACCUGUAGAAAACGGGCAAUACUCGAAUCAACAUUCUGCUGAAAUCAAGCAAGAACAGCCAGUUCACAUGUAUCAACAGCCGGCUGCCAAUGGUCAUAAUAGUUAUGGAAAUGUUGAUCAAAAUGCUGGACAACAAAUUCAUCAACCACAACAACAAAUGGCUGAGCAACCACUCAUUUCAUUCGACUAA